UGAUUCAAAGACAAGUGUCUCUCAGUUUGGAAGCGAACACUGUCACAGUACUCUUCAGAUGCACUCUUUUAUAACACCUUUAGAUUUCAGCAAAAAUAACGUAUCUAACACGCAGAAGUGAAUUGUGAAUUUCCUUCUGAAGACCUAACUGCAAGUUCCGCAAACUCCUGGCUUCAAGAGACGUGGUCUUUAACAGUUUCAGCUUUGCUCAUUCGGCUCAUCUGUUGCUCUGCUGUGUUGCACCACUGUUUUUACAGGUCGCCUUUUAAAGUUUCAGGCAUGUCGAACCCUGUUGUUACUCAGCAGCCAAUUACAGGACCCUAUGGUACAAAUGUCCAGACUGAACAAUGGAGUACGGGGCUUUGUUCUUGCUUCAGUGAUAUUUUUGUCUGUUUGUGUGGAUUAUGCUGCCCAAUAGCACUCUCUUGCUAUACUGCAAACCUUUAUGGAGAAAACUGCUGCCUGGGAUUCAUGCCGGGAGGCAUGGCAGCUUUGAGGACCCAUAUGAGGCUGACCUAUGGGAUACAGGGGACAAUAUGCAAUGAUGCCUUGAUGACUUGCUGUUGUGGUUUCUUUGAGAACUGCAGAAUGGCUCGAGAAGUUCGGAUUCGUAAAGGAGAUGUGUGAUUUUUAAAACAGAGUGAAAAUCACAUCCUUGUGAAUAGUUAACUCAUCAGCUAUUAGAUUCGGCAUGAAGAACCAUCAGACUUGACAAGACAAACAUAAAUUAACCAUUGAUUUCUUUUCUCUGUUUGUACAAAACUAGUGUGUUUGUGUAGCUUACAAAAAACAAAAUAACUACCUUUAAAUAGCCAUCCCUUUGUUAUGCAAUAAAGUUUCAUAUAAUAAUUUGCAA